CUGGGCGCUGGCAGUGUUGUUUGUAUCUCAGCGCAUGUUGAAUGCGUAACUCGCGCUGAUUCGAAAUCGUUGAAAACGUUGCGCGCUACCAACAGCAUCACAGCAGUGGUGCAAGGGAAGUGUGUGUGGUGUUGCCAGUGACGUUAGUUGGUGAAUCGUCAUUUAACCGCGGCCCAGUGUCGCAUCCGCGUUGUCAUUCAAAUUCGUUAUUCGUUGCAGUUGCAGUUCAAUCAAUAGCGCGACAAUAUUGCGCAAUUAAAUGUGAAGCGCGACAAUUAGCUGAAUUUUUGUGAAUUCCAAGCGUUACUCGACUCGUGUGUCUCGUAUGUGUGCAGUGAGUGUGCGAUCAAAUAGUUUCCAUUGCACGCCGGAAAGCGAAAGUGUGUGUGGCUACGAACAAGUCUAUCUACAAGUAACGCGCUUCUUCGCAUAUUUCUAACCCGUGCGCGUUUGUCGGACUUUUAGUGAAGCGAUCGAAAUAUUUGAGGUAUUUUGGAAUUUGACAUUAGGCGAUUUGGUUAAAUGUUUUUUUUUCUGUGAGUGAAGACUCAAUAAAAAAAUAAAUUCUCGUCGUUUUAAAGAUAGCUGUUGUUUGUGCGUUUGCAAAAAGUAUUUGAAAUAUGUUUCUCGAGAAUUCACGUGAAUAUUUGACGACUCUUUCAACUGUGUAAAAAUUGUCCCUCUGCAUAUUUUAUUAUAAAAGAAUUUAAGUGUGCUGGUGUUUUUGUGAAAUUUGUUGUGAGCAAAAUAUUUUGCUUAAAUUUUUCAUUAAAAAUAACAACAAAAGUAAAAAUUAUGUAAACAAAGUGAUUUAGAAAGCAAAUACAUUUUCAAAAUAUCACUCUUAAGGCGGAUUACAUAAAGCACCACACAAACAAUAAAGUGCAAUUGCUGGUGGCCCGGUCGAUUUCGAUGCGCUGUUGACGCUGAUGAUGACGUGGAUCGCCACAACGGCUUGGCAAGUGUUGUUGAGGGGAAUCUUCGUUGCAGCGGUGAAGGCUGCUCAACCCACCUUGGUGAAUGUGUGAAGGGGAAAGGUGAAAAGUGCAUAACUAUUCUCGGCAGAAUAACAGUCGCACGAUUGUUUAUUUGUGUGUGUGCGGGUAGUACGCGCGAUGAGAGCGAAAUACCAGCGAGUGAAACGUGCAUGAGGUGAUUGGUGAGCAAUUAAAACAUUAUUCGCAAUCGCCAAUCCAUUCCCUCAAUCUCCCCAUGAAUAAGUGCAACAACAAAUAAAUUGUUGUUACUUAAAUGCGCUAACAAAAAGCGUGUAAAAAAAAUAAAGAUAUAAACAAAGAAGAAUAAAUAAUAGAAAAUCGUGUGCUCGGCGGCCCGUUCGUUCGUUCGCUCAAUCGGUUGUGCGUGUAACAUUGCAAACGAAAUACAAAUACAAAUACAACACCUGUGCUGGUGGCAUUGUGUGUGAAUAGUGUGGAAAAGUCUCUGUGUAACUCGUUUUUGCCGUUUGCUUUUGUUAUUUUUUCAAACACGGCAUGUAAAAUGCAAUAAAACUAUUGGCACGAAGAUUUCAUUCCUGGAAUACGGCAUUGCAGCGGAACCAAACAACUGAAUACCAUCACACACCGGUGCAACAACAACUACAAUAACAACAAUUGAGUGUUGUGAUACUAAUAAAAACAACAACUGCAACCGAUAUUAAUAAUACCACACGCACAUUUAAGGAGUUGUACAUAAUAACAAUAACAACAACACGCAAAUCUGUAAAAACAACAACAACAUCUUAGUGAAAAAUAUAAAUUCAAGCCUCAAUUUUUUUGUGGCCAGUGCAUAUUUAAUUGCAGUUAAAUUGAUGCUUUGUGCGUAGAAGUGUUGUGCCUCACUUUGAGAAACCGUUCAUUAUCACAUGCGCAAAAAAAAUAGAAGAAGAAGAAAAAAGUAAAUGCAGUUACUUGGAAAAUUGUUAUAUAAUAAAAGUAAAUAAUUGUGAAACUCCCCUAAUUAAAAUAAACCAGGUAUAAAUCGGCAGAUCAAACAAUAUAGAAUAGCAGCUCAUCAACAACUGUGAUUUUAUAAAAACAAAUUUCAGUCCUUGGAUUACUUGGACGAUGGCAGUGUCCUGCCCCGAAGUUAUGUACGGUGCUUACUAUCCAUAUUUGUAUGGCCGUGCCGGACCAAGUCGUUCAUUUUAUCAAUAUGAAAGGUUCAACCAGGAUCUGUACUCUUCGUCUGGCGUGCAAUUGGCCUCAUCCAGCGCCUCCGGCAGCUCACACUCACCCUGCAGUCCCAUCUUGCCGCCGGCGGUGAGUGCGAAUGCCGCCGCUGCAGCAGUAGCGGCCGCACACAAUACCGCCGCCGCAGUCGUGGCCGUCGCAGCGCAAACGGCCAAUCAGUCGGCGAGCUUAAGCGCAACGACGAGUCUGCCACUGGGCGGCAGCAGCGGUGUGCCCGGCAGCGGAGGUGGUGGCGGUGGUAAUGUUGGAGGUGCUGGUGUGAGUGCGGGCAUCGCUGGUUCUGUGAUCGGUGGCGCCGGUGGCGUGGUGCUCGGCGGUGGUGGUGGAGGCGGCAGCGUAGCGGUCAACAGCGCGAUACAGCACAACAGAGCGCAUACCAAAGAAGAGGAUCUGGGGGUGCCACGAAGUGAUGCCGAAGCCCGUCUGGUGGGUUCGCAUCACAACGAGUCCUCCUGCUCAUCGAGUCCCGAUUCACCUCGUCACAAUUUGCAUGGAGCUCAGGCAAAAGAGCUGCCGCUACCGUUGGACACGUCGAAUGUCAAUGGACAGGGCCGCGCACAAUACUUAUCAGCCACCUGCGUCGUAUUCACAAACUAUUCCGGCGACACGGCCAGCGUGGUGGAUGAGCACUUUUCGCGGGCGCUCAACUUCAACAACAAAGACAGCAAAGAAACGAGUAGCCCCAUGUCAGCAAGAAACUUCCCACCUUCGUUUUGGAAUAGCAAUUAUGUGCAUCCCGUACCCGCACCAGCACAUCCGCAGGUUGGCGACUUGUACACAUCGGACGGUGGCUACGCAACCGAUCCUUGGGUCCCGCAUGCCGCCGCCGCACAUUAUGGCUCUUAUGCGCAUGCGGCACAUGCUCACGCGGCUCAUGCGCACGCCUACCACCACAAUAUGGCGCAAUACGGUAGCCUGCUGCGGCUGCCACAGCAAUAUAGCCACGGUACCAGAAAUUAUUCUCAUUGCAGACUGCAUCAUGACCAACAGACCGCGCAUGCGCUUGAAAGUGCGGCAGCAUAUUCCAGUUAUCCCACAAUGGCAGGUCUCGAUGCACAAGUGCAGGAGUCAUCUAAGGAUCUUUAUUGGUUUUAAAUUGACGUGUAACGUUCAACCAGGAUUCUCACUCACUCAUACACGAAACACACUCACACGUACGAAACCAAAAUAUAUUCGCAAGCGAUGAUUGUUAUUAUAUAAUUUACUAUAAACAAACAAAAAAUCUCAGUAACUAAGUAUUGAUGGUUCAGCGUUAAUUCAAUUCACGAAAUUCAAUGUUCAUACAUAUAUAAAAUAGCGUAAUGUAAAAAACAACAACAACUAAUACAACAAACAAACAAUGUGAAAAUCUGUAUCUGUAUGUAUUAUGUAAUGUGUAAUUACCUGUGCUGGCUGACCUUAUGGGCUUGUGUGUUAAUAGCGUUCUAAGAUAACUAAGCCACAAAAAAUAAAAUAAAUCGAUUUUCAUAGCAGCAUUAAUUCAAUUAAUUUAUUUAUGUAAUUUUUAACAUACAAUAAAAACCAACAACUAGUUUAAGUUGAAUGCUGCAGCGAUUUCGUUAU